AUGAAUUUAUUUUGUCUUACACAUUACCAGUUUAAAGAACUUGCGAGGAGUUACUACAUAGAGGCCAAGUGGUUCAGAGAAGGAUAUGUGCCAUUUUUCGAUGAGUAUAUAGGCAACGGACUUGAUAGAGCUGGUUAUUAUGUGCUCACAGCAUCAUCCUUUAUGGGCAUGGGAGCAAUUGCUACCACUGAGGUAUUUGGUUGGUUAAAAGAUAAGCCUAAAGUUCUUGUUGCUGCAAACACAAUUGUGAGGCUCAUGGAUGAUGUAGUAGAUUAUGAGGAAGAUCUAGAGAACGGACAUGUUGCUACAGGAAUUUUAUGCUACAUGAGGCAACAUCCUGGCAUGAUGUUAAAGGAAAAGGUAGUUGAUGUGUUCAAUAGAAGGGUUGAAAAUGCAUGGAGGGAUAUAAAUGAGGAAAUCCUCGUGCCAAACUCCAUCUCCAUGCAUCUCCUAACGAGAAUUGUCAACCUUUUAAGAUUAAUGGAUACCUUUUACAAGAAAACUGAUGGAUACACUCAUCCCAAUAAAGUAUGGAAAGAUCAUGUCAUCUCAAUGUUCAUUGACCCCAUACCUGUAUGA